UUUUUUGGACCCCCUCACUCGCAUCAGCAUGAUCAGUGUAUGAAGAAAGUCCUGACUAGACUGCGCUUUUCCGUGGUUUCCUUCCGCCAUCUGUGGUGUACUGCUGGCUAGGCUGCGCAGCAGAGUGUGUAGUGAGAUCGCUUGCAAGCAGCGAAGACUCCGCCAUACUCCGCAUGUGCUGUGUGGUAGAGGUAGACCGUAGUCGUAGAGUCAUGCAGUGAGCUUGCAUUUUGCUGAACCUUGUACGGAAAAUUUUUCAGUCUGGGCUGUACUACGUUGUGAGUCCACAAGAGAAAUUUCAAUCCUUGUGUCGAUCAAACUGGACCCCUUCUUUCUCGGCUGCUGCGCUUUGCUGAUAUGGUGGCUGUGGCAGUGACCAAGAUGUCCUGCACAGAGCAGACUGCAAACCCAGUGGCGAAAUCCAGCUCAUCCUUGCCGCCGGUCGUGCCAUCCGACGUACAAACAACGUGGCGCAGUCGUGGCAAGAAAUGGAGCUUGUCCCGACCCUAUGGCUCGACAGUUGCCCUCAGCCUGCUCAUGGUGGGCUUGCUGCUCUCAGGACGACAGUACUUGCACGGGAUUCUGGCUUUCCUCUCAGCGUUGCCGUGGUGGCAAAGCAGCGCCCUACUACAAGUGUUGUUCAUUCUAGUCUCUUUUCCCUUCACGUUUGGUUAUCUGCUGCUCAACAUUGCCUCCGGCUAUUUGUACGGGUUCGUCGGCGGCGUCCUGGCAGCGUCGACGUGUGCCGGCGUAGGUGUGCUGGUGUCUCUGUCCGCGUGUCGGAGAUGGUUCCGUGAUACUGUCCAUGAGUCGCUGGAGCAGUCCCAUCUGAAAGCACUGAUUCGUGUUAUGGACGGCUCGUAUGGAUUCCGCGUGGUUAUGCUCACGCGCCUGACCCCCAUCCCAUUUGGACUGCAGAACGCAUGCUUUGCUGUGACCGACCAGCCAGUGUGGCGCUGCUGCCUUGCCAGCAUCAUAGGUCUGCUGCCGGCGCAGUCGUUCAACGCCUACCUGGGCUCGACGGUGCGCAACAUGGAGGAGCUGUACACGCGCCAGUGGGACUCCUACCUGCUCGUCGUCUUCCAGUUCCUGGGCCUGUGCACUAUGCUGGCUUACGUCCUUCACCUCGCUAGGUUGGAGCUCAAGGCCGCCGAAUACAAUCUGCCCACUCACUCGAGGUCAACUGGAAAGGCAACGGAGGCGAAGAAGAGUUCGACUGACAGCCCGGACUCGUCCAGUAAAGCCGAGUUUCCAGCUGCGGUGCGCUCCUCUCGCCACAGUCGCUCAUGGUCGCACCCGGUUAUAAUCCAGUUUGUGUGAACCAGCCCUCCUAAUGGAGCAUCCGUACACAGACUCUACAGUCUAGCUACGUACGCCAGGCGACUCUGGUUCGUCAGCUGACCUGCCCACUGGCUUCCAGUACUACUCCUAUUAUAAUCAGGAGCCGGGUUCCAACAGAACCAGUACGGCUCCGAAGAGCACGUCCCUGAAAGUGGCCACCAGUGUGUGUGUGUGCGGAAGGAGGAUCACAAGCAGUAGACCGGUGAGACCAUUCGCCAACGUUUCCACUUCAACUGUGCUCCCGGUCGGCUUUCAUAUCUUACGAUCGAUCGGAACAGGCCUCUGGCUUGCAAUGUCACUGGCAUCAUCUGAAAGGUGACGUCGAGUCGAGCAGCAGACGAGAAAUCCAACCAGAAUAUGAGUGCACGCGUCCGGCCGUAUGUCGUCGGUGUGGAUGCUUAUAUAGCUCCGUGCUUCGCAUAUGUUUGUCACACGUGCUCUCACAACUGUGACGUGUAGAGGUAAGGUACCAAGUCCUGGCAGCGCAUUCUAACAGCUCUCUACCCUAUACCGGUCGCCUGCGGCAGCGACCACACUCCCUUCUAUCUAAGACUCUAAGGUAUUGACGAGAUGAAGCUGCAUCUCUCACUCAUUUGCUCUCUCUCUCUCUCUCUCUCUCUCUCUCUCUCUCUCUUUCUUUCUCUAUCUCUCCCUCACACGCACGCACGCACACACGGUCUUACUUCUCAGGCCCACUGCCCUGCCAUAGGUAAAAGUUCCACCUGGUUUUAGCGCAUCACCCAUCCAAGCAGGAUAAUAAUAUUAUAUCUUCGCCAUACAGAUUUUUUAUAUCCUUUAUUAUGAGAUUUUAUUAUUCACCCCAAGACCCCGCAAGUCAAAGCACAUCAUAUUAGUGAACAUUUGACUUCUAAGCUGGUAAAACAGUACUGUACUGGGUCAAUUGUCUAUGAGUUGCUGGCAACUCUAUUCUCUCGGCCUUUAAUGUCCUCAUUCUACAUGUGUGUAUGCAUGAGAGUAGGCACUACUUCAAAAUACAAUAAUUAUAGGGAAGUGUGAAUGAGUCUGUGCUCUGUUGAA